UCCAUUGAAUGGCAUGGUCAUGUCUUAGCAGACAUAACAUCCCUCCUGAAGUGCGUACUGGAUGGAUCAGACUUCAUGAGAUGUCAGUCUAGAUUUUAAAAAAUGCGUAUCGAUUCAUAGAAUAUGAAUUGAAAAUGCCUUGAAGUCAAAUGUGUAAGAAAAUAUAAGAGGUAUAAUAGAAAACUAGUGUUAAAAAAUCUCCAUUGCAAGCAUGCACACAGCUAUUAGCAUUAACAUUGAAUCGGGAACACAAGCUGGAACAAGAGUAGUUAACUAGUUUACAGUAGAAAACAUUUGUAGAAAUAGUAGAUGUAAAAACUGCACAAAAAGUAAGAACUGCUAAUAGUGUGUAUAUAAAAGAGAGAGUGUGUGUAAGGGAGCAAAAGAGAUUGAGGAGGAAUCAUGUGAGACCUACAAAGAGUUCCUAUUGGCUGAAAGGACAGACCUCAUGCAUACUUAAUUGCUAACGUUGGUUUAUAAAUUAACUGCAUCACUAACUGUCCCAGUCAAAAUCCUUUUUGGGUCGAACAGUCGUUUUAAGGAGGAAGGAAGGAAAUUGCAUAAACGUUAACAUACUCAACAGAGAAUACCUACAGCACUUAAUACAUCGAAGAAGGUUUUCAAAGAUAAGAAGAGAGAGCAUUUACAAUGCUGUUUUACCCUGUGCUAGUAUUGCUACUGCUUUCCCUCAGUUUGCAACUCUCAACACAGUAUGAAGACUGCUCUUCCCAGUGUUUUACUUGUCUUCAAGACAUGUCAGAUUCAAAUACCGUCAACCAACUGGUAUGUGCCUUGGUGUGUAAGGGGAAACUUCGGACACUCUGUGAGCAAAAGAGAAAUAAGUGUGCUGAAGCAGUUCAAGCCUAUGAGUUGAAAGACUUAGAGAACAACAAUGAGAAAGGACCAACACAUGCUGAAGAUACAGAAUCCAAAGGAAUAUCGAUUGGUACAAUAGUCAAGAGGUAUGGAGGAUUCCUUAAGAAAAUUUACAAAAUUAAUUCCGAUAUUAGGAAAAAAGUUAACGAAAAAGACACAGAUAUAACUGGAAACACACCAAAGGUAUUGGGAAAACGAGUCCAAGAGUCCAAGGCAGACAUUCCACUGAACAGUGUUCAGUCUGCAGAGAAAAAUGAUGUGUACUUAAACAAUUCAGGUUUGAAUGAAGAUGACUGGUAUCAGAGGAUUUUGAGCCAAUACGCUCCAAUACACAUGAAUGAUUCUUCAGCAGAAAUACAUCUAAGGAGUUUAGAAAAAAGAUAUGGAGGUUUUUUGCGGAGAACUCUACCAAGAAUCAAGUGGCACAAUCAAAAGAGGUAUGGUGGGUUUCUAAGAAGACAUUUCAAGAUAUAUGGUAGAUCAAAUGGACACCUAAUACCUUGUCUCUUCAGUCAGCAAGUCACCACCUGAACCUACUUUACUUAAUCAUCAGUGCAAGAUAUCUAUUGGGUUUUGCACUUAAUGAUAAG